CUUAUUUAAAACGCAUUAAAAAAAAAGCACUUCUCAACAAAACUUCUUCCCAAUUCACUCCUCCAUUUGAAGAAACAAUAGAAAGAGAAACAAAAAAAACACAUUUUUUUCUGCAAAUCUAGAACAACAAUUGGAUCUGUCUCCAACAUCAUGUCUUGUUCUUUCAACCAACAAAGCUUCUUGCUUUGUUCUUCACUUCUCCUUAUCAUGGCUCUCUCUGUUACUUCUUUUCACCCAACUUUUCUAAACAAUACUAUUUUUGAUUCUGAGAUACUCUCUGGUCGUCAUCUUCUUCAAGCUAAAAAAGGUUGUUCUGUGAAUUUCGAGUUUCUAAACUACACCAUAAUCACAAGCCAAUGCAAAGGGCCUAAGUACCCUCCUAAGCCAUGUUGUGGAUCGUUCAAAGAGUUUGCUUGUCCUUACGUUGACGUGCUCAACGAUUUAACCAACGAUUGCGCUUCAACCAUGUUUAGUUACAUUAAUCUUUACGGAAGAUACCCUCCCGGUCUCUUCGCGAGCGAGUGUCGCGAAGGAAAAGAAGGUUUGGCUUGCGAUGCGUUGCCUCCAUCAGAGUCGGCCAAUGAUACCGCAAAUCAAGUCGUACAUACUCCGUCUCUAUUACUGGUAGUUACUGCCUGCAUAUUCUUGAUCUUGUUAUUCUGAUAUCGAAAUUUCUGAAGUUCAAUUCAUUUGUUCUAUUGUUGUAUUAUCGAUGAACGUAUUUUAUUUUAUAUAAUACGAAAAGUCGAAAGUUCGUUAUUGUCGAUGCGGAUUGAUUGUGCUAGAGAUGUUACUCAGAGAAUGUACUUAUAUAUAAUAUAUAGUUACAACUUAACAUACUCAACUAUGUUGUAUUUGAGGGUUGUUUAAUGAUUGCAUGUUUUGUUGGAUCUUGUAUUCUUGCAAAUGAAUCACACUUAAAAGUUUUUAUCCAA